CCCAUCAUCCCAUCACUGUCUUGUACCCAACCAGCCUGCUACCGUGUCGACAUUCACCCACCUCGCUCCCUCUUUAAUCGCCUUGAUUUUGUAUAGAUUCUUCUGCCUAGAUCCAUGCGCCUUUCUCCUGGCACACUUCCAAAGUUCCUCGCGUCUGCCUGUCUCUCCGUUUCCUCCCCCACUUGUGUGAGCAAAAUCCGCACCACAACUUGCCUUGACACCUCUGCCCUUCCGUUUCACUCCUCCCUCUCUGCCACGCAUGUCGACCCUCACCACCGAGAAUCCUGCGUCACCUAACGCAAUCCCCGUUCGCUAUAGUUCAGCUGGCUAUCCCAGUGGGAUUCUACAACCCCCUUCUAAAUCUGUGCUGAAACCUCUCCCAGAAGAAAGCUGGAUCGCCCAGAAACAGUCGGUCGCCUCGUCCCUCUCCCAUACACCCAACUCGCCCGAACAGACACAUGGCCUCAAGCGGAGGCACUCCACAAGACAUUCGGCCUCGGAUACCAUCAGCCCUCGCAAAAUGGGCGAAUGGUCGUCUCAGAAAGAAAAGAUAAUCAUGGGCCCUUAUGAUUACCUGUUUGCACAUCCGGGGAAAGACAUCCGCGCCGCUCUCAUCAAAGCUUUUGACGCCUUCCUCCAUGUCCCUCACGACUCUCUCGAGGUCAUCACUCGGGUGGUCGGAAUGCUCCACACCUCCUCUCUUCUCAUCGACGACGUUCAAGACGGCAGCCAGCUUCGUCGCGGUGUCCCCGUCGCCCACAACAUCUUUGGCACCGCCCAGACCAUCAAUAGCGCAAACUAUGUCUAUUUCAUCGCCCUCCAAGAAUUGCAGCAUCUGACCAACAAGGAUGAAGCGAUUGAGAUCUUCACCACCGAGCUACUCAAUCUACACAGAGGCCAAGGGAUGGACUUGUAUUGGAGGGACACGCUGACCUGUCCCACCGAGGACGACUAUCUGGAGAUGGUCCAGAACAAGACUGGGGGGCUGUUUCGUUUGGCCGUCAAGUUGAUGCAAGCCGAAUCUCCCGAAAGGGGACGAAUCGAUUGUGUCCCGCUCGUCAACCUGAUGGGACUCAUCUUCCAGAUCUGCGAUGAUUACCUGAAUCUGUCGUCAGGGACAUACACCAAGAACAAAGGCUUGUGCGAGGAUUUGACCGAAGGAAAAUUCUCGUUUCCCGUCAUCCACUCCAUCCGCGCCAACCCGUCCAAUCUACAGCUAAUCAACAUCCUUAAGCAAAAGACCACCGACGAUGGCGUCAAGCGAUAUGCCAUCUCGUACAUGGAGAGCACUGGCAGCUUCGAGUACAGCAGACGCGUGAUUCGGGAACUCAAAGUCAAGGCUCGCAGUCUGAUAUCCGAAAUGGACGGAGGAUCCGACAAAUCAGACGAGAUCAGUCGCAUUCUCGACCGGAUGGAUGUGGAUCAAUAGCUGUGGUUUGUGGUUCUUCGGCGGUACAUUGCGAAUACCCAGCCUUGUAAUUUGUGUCGACUUUUGCUUGGAUCAGUGGCCUCCAGACUGUCCUUCUGGGGGAACGCAAGUCGAAUUCGAACUAGGAAUAACAUGUCGUGCAUGUCUAAUGUGGGAAUCUAUCUCAUGAAUCCAAGUAUUAUAAAUGAUAAACUCUCUUCGUUACGAUCACA